CACUCGACAACGAACGAGGUAGUAGACGUUGGCUGUUAAAAAAGAAACUCCAGCAGGUCCAGAGAGGCCACAGAUACAUAAUACCAAAGUCUUAUUCAAGAUGACGCGACGAAUUGUCCGCAACAUCAUCCAAAUCUCCACCGCCGCCGUCAUCACCUUCAUCCUCAUCUUCUUCCUCGACCGCAACUUCCGCGUCCUCCCCAACGCCAUCCACGAAUACCUGCCCACCCAUCACGCCGGCCUCGUCAUCACCGACAUCACCGUCACCACCUGCACCAGUUACAACCCCUUUUCCAGCUGCGACCUCGACACCUCGGUCUGGCACCGCGUCGACAAGGACCUCCACCUCGGCAAGACCCUUUUUUCUCAUGCCUACCUCCAUGUUAGCCGCAAGCGCGAGGAGGAGCUGAAGGAGGGCGAUAAAGUAGUCGUGGACGUGACCGUCGGCCGAUUGGACCCUAGCGUGGCCGACGCGGAAAAGGCCGCGGCCAAGGGCCUGGAUAUCAAGAAUGAGAAGUGGGAGUCUAGGCCGGCGGGCCUGUGGGUGAAGCGGUCGUCCAAGAGAGGGGCAAGUGAUUCCAAGAACGCGGUGACCGGGAUUGACGUGCUGUUUGGCGACGAUGCGGUGGAAGCUAGGGAUGCGUGGAGCAUGACGGGCACGCCGUUGUUGCUGGAUGUUGGGCGCAGCGUGCCCUCUGCCCAUCUGACGGUACGGAGGGGAGUGGAACACCCGCCUGUGAAGCCGGUGUUGAGGAUUCGGGAUAAUGGCAAGUUCAAGAUUGUACAGUUGGCGGAUCUGCACUUGAGCACGGGCGUGGGAGCGUGUCGUGAUGCGCUGCCGGAGGGGCAGAAGUGCGAGGCGGAUCCCAGGACGCUGGACUUUGUGACGAAGAUUUUGGAGGAGGAGAAGCCGGAUUUGGUGGUGUUGAGCGGGGAUCAGGUCAACGGCGAGACUGCGCCGGAUACGCAGACGGCCAUCUUCAAGUACGCCCAAAUCCUCAUCAAGCACAAGAUCCCGUACGUCUCCAUCUUCGGUAACCACGACGAUGAAGGCUCCAUGUCGCGGGCCGCCCAGAUGGACCUGAUCGAGACCUUUCCCUAUUCCCUGUCUCGCGCUGGGCCCGAGAGCAUCGACGGUGUUGGUAAUUACUUCAUCGAGGUGCUGGGGCGCGGCUCGUCUAGCCACUCGGCGCUGACGGUAUACCUGCUCGACACACACGCCUACUCACCCAACGAGCGCAAGUACCCGGGCUACGACUGGAUCAAGCCCAACCAGAUUGAGUGGUUCCGGCAGACGGCGCAGGGACUCAAGAAGAAGCAUCGCGAGUACACGCACGUGCACAUGGAUGUCGCGUUCAUCCAUAUCCCCUUGCCGGAGUACCAGAAUGGAAGGAAUUUGACGCUGGUGACGUCGUGGAAGGAGCCGACUACGGCGCCAACGUUUAACUCUGGCUUUCACGAUGCGUUGGUGGAGGAGGGAGUUGUGAUGGUGUCUUGUGGACACGACCAUGUAAACGAAUACUGCGCCGUAGACUUCAAAGAGGACGGCAAGCCCGCCCUCUGGAUGUGCUACGCCGGCGCGGCCGGUUUCGGCGGUUAUGCCGGCUACGGAGGAUUCCACCGCAAGAUCCGCGUCUUUGACUUUGAUAUGAAUGAGGGCCGCAUCAACACGUGGAAGCGAGUCGAGUACGGCGAGGACGUCGACAAGAAGAUUGAGGAGGUCAUGAUUGUCGAUGGUGGACAUCCGGUUAUGCCUAUGCAGGACUAGGAUGAAGACUAUAAACAAGAGUUGGAAAGGGUA